UUUUAAUUUUAUUAAUUAUAAUAAUUAAAAAUUUUAUAACAACCUAUGGAGACGAUUUAGAUUCGAAAGACGUUCUUCAAAGACGAAAGAGAUGGUUAGUUUGGGAAGAUGGAAUUAAUUGGGUUCAAAUGGUAAUUGGUAUUGGUCUCCCUGUCGAUGUUCCUCAUCACAGUGUCACGUGGGGUGUCGUUUUUAGAAGUUAUUAUCUUCUUCCAACUAAUGCUAGUCAAUUCACAAACCCUUUAGCUUAUAAUGAUGUAUCUAGAAAGAAAAGAACCCCGACAAGAUGGGAUUUAUAUUCAGCUUUAGAAUAUUUUUCAGAGAGUUCUGGAUUAGGUAACGGUCGAGCUUGUUUAUUACGAUCAAUUUGCGAAAUUUCAUCAACUCCUUUAGAAACAAGAAAUGGGUUAUUAUCGGAAAUUCUCCAUUUACUCCUUACUCCAUCAUCAACUGAAGAAAUUCCUAUAUCCCAUAGUGACCACGAAUAUUGGGCAGCGGAGAAACUGGGAAAAGAAACUGAAAACUGCGCGAUCCUCUUUCCCGAGUGUUCCGGAAGCUUGGUGGCGCGGUUUACGAGACUAGCGAAAGGAUUUAUGUAAUAAAUUGCCAAGGAAUAAAGCGAAUUAUG